CCGGUGCGGCGGGGCCGGCGGCGGCGCGCAGAGGGGCCGGGGCCGCUCACACCGGCAGUGGCGGCGGGGCCAUGAAGGUGAAGAAGAGCGGCGGGGCCGGGGCGGCGGCGGCGCGCACCGAGGAGGAGCUGGGCCGUAAAGCGCUCAUCGGGCCGGACGACGUGCUGGGGCUGCAGCGGGUCACCAGCGAUUAUUUGUGCACUCCAGAGGAAAAUGUUUACAAGAUAGACUUCACCAGGUUCAAAAUCCGGGACAUGGAAUCUGGCACAGUCUUGUUUGAAAUCACCAAACCAGCAGCUUCAGAACGUGAACACAAUGACAGGAAGGACAUUGAUCCCAAUGCUGGACGGUUCGUUCGCUAUCAGUUUACUCCAGCUUUUCUCAGACUUCGGCAAGUGGGAGCCACGGUGGAGUUCACAGUAGGAGACAAACCCAUUAAUAACUUCCGCAUGAUUGAGAGGCACUACUUCCGGGAUCAGUUGCUUAAGAGCUUUGAUUUUGAAUUUGGGUUCUGCAUCCCCAGCAGUAAAAAUACUUGUGAGCACAUCUAUGAGUUCCCACAGCUCUCCGAGGAUCUCAUUCGAGAGAUGAUCCUGCAUCCAUAUGAGACACAGUCGGACAGUUUCUACUUUGUAGACAACAAGCUUGUGAUGCACAACAAGGCAGAUUAUUCAUACAGUGGAGGACCUUGAGCACAGGACGGGCAGCCAACCCACGCUGGCCUUCCCCUUCCUAUCGAAGCCGUCAGGGAUAGCAACACCUCCAGUUCCGUUGCCUACAACGUCAGCUGGACAAGGAUCCACAACCCAAGGACUCUUUGCCACAGUAGGAGUUUCAUGACUAAAUUUGCCAGUCUCAUCGUUUUUGAGCUUUGAAGCAGACCCAGUUCUUCAGAACUUUAAGCGGUUCUAAAUGGUCGUUGGAUACCACUUCCCUAAGUUCUUUCAGUGUCUGCUCUGCAAAUGGCCUUGUGGGACCUGAGGGAUUUUGCCCUAAUUCUUUGGAUUUGUGUUCUUGCCCUCAAAUAUCUGUUAGGACGUGGUUGCUUUCAUAAAGAAUGUGAUCUGAGAAACCACCUGAGUGGAUGGAUGCAAAUGCAGAGUCCUGU